AUGGCGGAACAUUUUGUCUUACACCGAAAUUGGGUGUACCAAGGCGUACAGCUUUCGUCAUCCGGCAGUGAUCUUAUUACUGGUGAAGAUUAUAGAAAUGAAGAUAAUAAUCCUGGUUUUAGAAAAAGUUUUAUUUCCGUACUCAAAAGUUACCUCAAAUUGAAAAAGUUGCACUUACUCCUUUGCGAUGCCGCCGCGAAUAUUCAUGGCGUUUAUUACUUCCUGCCUAAUGAAAAUUCCAGAAACAGUUCCAUUCAGCACUAUCAACAUGAAUAUUGCACCGCACGUCAACCACUUAAAUUCAUUCCCCCAGGUGAAAAGGACUUGAUUCUUGAGUUAACCGUCUUGAGCAUGAAUGCGAUUGGCCAUGCCAGGCUCCCAUCCACGGGACACCAUGGGUGUGUCUACCUCGCCGUCUCGGAGUCCGGUCCGUAA